AUGGCUUAUAAAAGCCACAGUGGAACCCCUGUAGCUGACCUGAAACCUGGAUUGUUAGAUGCCGUACAAGAAUUGGGAGGUUCUGUCGUAGGACAGGAUUGUGCCGAAGCUUCGUGCCGAGGCGGUGCUGCGCAUCUUCCCGAACUGUCUGUCUACUUGACGACACCGAAGCCACAAAGCCGUGUGCGCAAGACUCGUGUGCCAACUACCCAGUCCGGACCCAGCAAUACCGCGACGAAACGCAAGCAAGCCCUGUGUGCGUCCCCCGUGGAGGGCGGGCACCCAGUAUGUGGACCGACGCAUAAAAUACUGAGGCUCCAUUCCAAGGAAAACGCGGAUCCUUUCCUAGACGUGGAAGAAGAAGACGGCGAAGCAGCGCGUAGACGUGACAAGUUGUGCCAGACAGAAGAAGGUGCUGGCUGUUCAAAGAGAGGACUGCAAAGAGUGAAAGCGAAACUUUGGCAAGCACAACGUGCACUCCGUGGCCUGCUGCGAAGACUUGCACACAAGGUCGUUGAGUGCCGCACAUCACACGUGGCCCGUGGGAAACAAUCAGAGCAGGAGAAGCUACCUCAGCGCCAGAGGAUCAUCUUCGACCAGUGGCUGAAAAAGGCAGCCGCGAAGUCUGCAAAAGGAAUGAGGUACAGCAUGGAAUGGAUUUACGACUCCCUUCUUCUGAAAAUUAAGUCCACUGCAGCAUACACAUUCCUUGUGGAGAACGAAUACCUGCCUCUGCCAGACCCUCGAACGCUUCAGUCCUACAUCUCAAGCCUCGACGCAAACUUUGGAUUUAAUCCUGACCCCUUCACUCUUCUGAAGAAUAAACAGAAGGAGGUGCCAGAAAGAGAGCGCCGUGGCAAGUAUUUGUCUGUGUGGUCACACAACAACCAACAAGUGUACUGAUCAUUUACAAGGGUGCUCAUGUUUGACGACAUGAGCGUACGGAAAGGCAGACAUGGUCGUUCUCGGAAAGGUGGACCAUGGUGAUCACACACUGCCACAGGACGAAGUAAAAGACGGAAACCAUGUGCUCGUUUUCCUGUUACGGCCAUUCCUUGCAGGGUGGUCCCAAACAACAGGAACGUUCUGUACAGAAGGAGCAGCACCCGGCUCUGUCCUGGCAAAGCUCAUCCUUCAGUGCAUCGUACACCCCGCCAAUGCGACAGUUCUUGUGCAAGCCAUUACAUGCGACAACUCCACAAAAAACCAUGCUGGACUGAGGGCUCUAGGUAUACGCGUAUCAGCUGAAGGAAACCCAGUCACGUACUUUGAGCACUCUACUGUUCCAGUAAUGAAAGUCACUUGCAUCAUAGAUGUUCCACACAUUUUUAAAUGCAUCCGGAACAACCUCCAGAAAGUAGGAAAAUUCAUUCUUCCUGGUGGUAAAGAAGUCUACCAUCGCCAUUACCAAGCUCUUCUUGAGUACGAAGAACAACAGGGUGGUUUGCGAGCUGUGACGCUGUGGUUUGCGAGCUCACAAAGGCACACAUCUACCCAAAUGCAUUUCAAAAGAUGAACGUAAAGCUCGCAGUGCAGCUGUUCAGUGAAUCCGUGGCGACAUCCAUAGAGUUUUAUAGCACACGAGAAGAAAGCAAAAAAGCUGCAUGGCUGCGAAGGAACAGUUUCUUUCACUCGAAGGCUGAAUGCACUCUUCGACAGCAUUAACCUUCAGCGGCCAGAUGACGUGGCGAACGCUGGGCCAGGACAACUAAAUGUCAUAAAAGAGAGCAUUGCAUGGCUGGAGGAACGGUGUGCAUUUAGGAAGACACUGACUCAGCAGCAGGCAUGCUUUCUAAGCAAACAGACUUGUUCUGCUUUAAGGGUGACUCUACGCAGCACUGUUGCACUCGUUGAAAACCUAUGAGCUUUGGGGUACAAGUAUGUUCUCACCGGAAAGCUCGGUCAGGAUCCACUGGAGAAAUUCUUCGGCAUCGUCAGGCAUAUUGGUGGUGAUGGAGGACGACCAACAGCGGUUCAGUUUUUAUAGAUAUACCGCAUGCUGUCCGUAAACAACCUGGUGAAGCCACCUGAAAGAACCAAUGUCCAGUCGCAAGGUCCGCAGCUGCUGUUAACACUUCAGAGCCUUUUCGGAAAGAAGUCGCCUCCGAUUAACCAUGUAGAACGCCUUAUCGAGAAACUGGACAGUAUCCUGCUCGACCCAGCUACUACAUAUGUGACAUCCAACUUCACCAGGCAACCAGUGUGACCACCAAUGAUGCUAUUUUGGAAUACCUUGGUGGUUAUAUUGUUCACAAGCUUCGUGGAGGGGACUGUGCUUCCUGUGCGGACACCCUGGAAUGCGCAACAAGUCAGCCGAUCACGACAGAUCUCAUCUCGAUUAGGACCCAUGGUGGCUUGAAGAGACCAUCACGACAGCUAAUGAAACUGCUGAAGCUGGUAGAGUCACACUUCAGGGACUGUACAAACAACAGCGUCAGGUGCACCGCUUACGGGGAAAUUAUUGAAGCAACCCUCAUCAAUGAAGAAUUGGCGACAGCAACAGUUGGCUGCAAGGAGCACUACGUCCAGAAAACGCCUGAAGUGUUGCACUUUUUUUGUACGAUGCCGACUACAUUUCCUCUCAAGGGAGAAAAAUAAGAAGUGAAAUGAGGCAACACGAAGACCUAUCCCUGCUGGUGGUGGAAAGAAAUGAAACCAUCCCGGAGAUACAGCGCACGAGCAGUGCAUCUGUCUCUUGCACUCCACAAAACGGCCCCUCUCAGGGCCAACCCCAAUGAUGCAGCAAAGGGCUGGCGUCUGCGUUGAGAUACCCGAGAAAGUUAAUUAAAAUGAUACCUCAAACGGGCGUGGCAAAUAUGGUAACGACAGGCGCAGUGAAUAAUGUUGAAAUCAAAUUAACAUAGCUGAGGACCUUCAAAAGGCCCCACGGGUUCUACAACGGUUCUGAAAUCCUGACGGUAAAACACGGACUGGUGUUACAGCGCACUGCAUGACACUCUUCCACGUCUCAAUGAGCUGGCUAGAGUGCUUAAUCAGAAUGCUUUAACGUAAUCUAACGAACGUAUUCUAUGUGCAAAGUGACAUCGACCACUCAGUAAAAUAAUACACGCCCUCUCUCCUCCGUGCGGAGAACGUAAGUAAUGUCAGCUGCUUCUUACCUCAUAUCGCAGCCGCGCGCUGGACACGGGCUCAGCAUUCGCGGUUAUAGCGCUCAGUUUUACCAAAUCGGACGAAAACUUGUCUGGUGAAGUUCGUACAUCCCCCAUUUCAGAUUCCCCGAUAAAAAAAACCCUCCGAAAAAGGCCGUAAUAAAAAAUCCGGAGCAAAAACACCAGCACUGAAGAACAGUGGCGGGCGCGAGGUCUUCCUUCCGAACUAUUGGCGCGCCACCAUGCGUCGGCGGCGCGCCCUAAGGAGUCUUUCGCCGGAGUUUUUUGACCAGAAAGAGUAUCAAGUGACCGUGACCCAGCGUUCGCUUUCCGCAUACCAGCACAUACCUCUCGUCAAGAUGCCGCAUUAGUUCAUCGAAUGCGCCUCGACGUGGCCUUAACAGCACA